UGCGGCGGGCAGCACGGUGCUGCGGGCUGAAAGAAGCGGGAGAAAACGAGGAGUGGACAGUGUAUUGGACGGACUACUCUGUCUCCCUGGAGCGCGUCAUGGAAAUGAAGCGGUUUCAGAAAAUCAACCAUUUUCCAGGCAUGAUAGAGAUCUGCCGUAAGGACUUGUUGGCUCGCAACCUAAACCGCAUGCUCAGGCUCUUCCCCAAGGAGUACAAUAUAUUUCCCCGCACUUGGUGCCUGCCAGCUGACUAUGGGGAUUUCCAGGCCUACAGACGUGCAAGGAAAACCAGAACAUUCAUCUGCAAGCCAGACAGUGGCUGCCAAGGGAGAGGUAUCUUCAUAACACGUAAUCCAGAGGAGAUCAAACAUGGAGAGCGUAUGAUCUGUCAGCAGUAUAUCUCUAAGCCUUUCCUUAUUGAUGGCUUUAAAUUUGACAUGCGUGUCUAUGUGCUGGUCACAUCUUGUGACCCACUGAGGAUUUUUCUCUACAAGGAGGGUCUGGCCCGGUUUGCCACCACGAGGUACAUCGAUCCCAGCAGCAGCAACCUGGUAAAAAAGGAUGAUAUCUGCAUGCAUUUGACCAAUUACGCUAUCAACAAACGUAAUGAAAACUUCGUCCAGGAUGACACGAUGGGCAGUAAGAGGUAUUGUCUUGUGCACGUACCGCGAUGCCCGGUGCACAUCCUGCUGGAAAGCUGCGCUUGGGACACUGGCUUACUUCCGUCUUUCUUGGGGCAAAUGCGGUAUCACAGGUCAGCUCUUACCAUCUCCUGUCCACGCAGGAAACUGUCCACCCUGAAUGCCUGGAUGAUGGAUAACAACUACAACACAACAAAACUCUGGGAAGACAUUGAAGAUAUUGUUAUAAAGACUCUUAUUUCAGCUCACCCUGUUGUGAAGCACAAUUACCAAAGCUGCUUUCCAAACCACACUACCGGCUGUGCCUGCUUUGAGAUACUGGGGUUCGAUAUUUUGCUAGACAGAAAAUUGAAGCCGUGGCUGUUAGAGGUGAACCACUCUCCCAGCUUCACCACGGACUCUCGCCUAGACCGUGAGGUGAAGGAUGCUCUUCUCUGUGAUACCAUCAACCUGAUAAAUGUGCAUGCCUGUAACAAAAGGAAGGUGCUGGAGGAAGACAAACAGCGGGCAAAGGAACGGCUCCUCCAGACCCAUCAGACUCUCCGUGCAUCCAGACGCGAGGAGUUAGAGAGCAGCCAGGCUGCCUGGCUGUCUCAGGCAGAGAAGUACGAGAACUCACACCUGGGCGGUUUCCAGCGCAUUUAUCCAGCAUGUGGAACAGAGAAAUACGAGCCAUUUUUCAAGCAGAGUGGCUCCCUCUUCCAGGAAACGGUGUCAUCCAAAGCACGAGAGGAGUGUGCCAGGUACGCUGCUCCUGCGGAGAACCCCCUCCUCACAGGGGUGGCACAGAGACCACUCGCUUCUGACCCCUUCUUGGGAGCAACUCUGCUGCUCAACCGAUGCAAGCAGCAACUGGAGGAAAUUCGCCUGAAAAAAGAAAAGUUGGAAGCUCUUACCAGGAAGAAGAAAAUGGAGAGGAAAGAAGACCUGCAUGGAGAGUCAGCUGGGGACAAAUCCCAGAUCCGUAAUAAAACCACAGCUCCUACAACCCGCCUCACCUACAGACGCACCAGGAUGUGGGACAGGAAGGUACAGCCCAUGCAGUAUGACUCUAUGCAGCCCCAGGAUAUUGUGGAAGAUGAGGAGAAGAGAAGAGUAAAUGCUCUUCUGCAGCGCGAGAACCUUAUCCGAGGCCUGGGCAUCAUAGAUCGGCUCUCCCAGCUGCUCCCCACAACCAACAGGCCAGCUGACACCCAGAGAUCCUGCACCGUUAUCCCCAAAAGCCAGCCGCAGCUUCUCUGGGAUGCGCUUGGGGGCCAGGACACCCACCACUUAGCGAUGCUCAUCCCACUCUCACUCCCGGGAAGUUCAGUCCGGUGUUCGGGACAGCCGUUCGUACCCAACCCCAGAGCCAACGCUGAGCUGCCAGCUGGACCGGGCUCGGACCCCGCUGCUACGGGCACCCUCUCCGUUCGAGGCCAGAGCAUCCGUUACCGUGAGCAGCACAAGGUGCGGCAGGGCCUCCGGGCGCAGGACGGGGGCUGGCUGCGGGGCCAGGCAGCACGGACGGCAGCGGUUACCCAGCCCUGCGCCGAACUCAAGGGGCUGCAGGUGAGAGGCCAGCGGCUCCCCGGCACCAGAAACAAGGCUGAAGGCUGUGAAGCUGGCAGGCCGUCCUUCCAGACGGGCAGCUGUCACCCGGGGUCCCCAGCCAGCGUGGGGAAAGCGGCAGGCGAUGGCACCUUCAGUUGCGCUGCAGUGCUGGAACUCCCCGUCUCCUCCACGGCCCACAUGCAGCACACACGCACCUCGCACGGUGCCGGUGCCUCGCACACCUGCAGCGUGAAGAGCACAGGUAACGCAGCAGAGGGGACACCCACGCUCAGCCUUCCUCCCGCGGGCGCUUGCCCAAGACCCAUGGCUGCUGGCCGGGGAGGGUUGCCGUGGCCAGGCCCGGGGCCGGUCGCUGCACCCCCUGACUGGAGUCCGGGCUCCAGUGCAGCACGGCCGCCCCGCCGCAGGCAGCUCUGCCUCAGCCAGGCCGCAGGCUGCUGCCCGCACCCCUGCCCGCACCCCUGGGCAGCGGCCCUGCCACCGAGAGGCCGCCCCGCUCCCUGCCCGCCGCGGUCGCCCCCGGCCCCUCGUCCCCCGACCGCCUGCCCGGGACCGGGACACCCGCGGCGGCCGUGCCGGGCAUCCCCGCGGCGCGGGGCCGAGACCCCCCCCGGGCCGCCCCCGCACCUCCCCCGCCGGGCCCGCCCCGCUGCCGGCCCCGCCCGGUUCCCGGUUCCCGGCCAUGGCGGCGCUGCUGCUGCGCGGGCUGCGGGCGGCCGCGCUCCUGGCCGGGAUCCCGCGGCGGGCGGCGGCGGCGUGGCCCGGGGACCCGGAGCCGCCGGACCCGGCGCUGGAGGAGGCCGAGAGGGCGCGGCGGCGGCGGGCGGCGGCGCGGGAGCAGCGGCUGCGGCGGGAGCUGGGCGGGGGGCGCGGCGCCCCCGAGCGCACCCUGACCUGGCAGGCGAUGGAGCAGAUGCGGUUCCUGUGGCAGGAGCUGCCCGAGGAGUGGCCGCUGGAGCGCCUGGCCCAGGGCUUCGGCGUCAGCCCCGACGUGGUGCGGCGGGUGCUGCGGGGCCGGGGCUGCCCCCCGCCGCGCCGCCGCCAGCGGCAGGACGAGAGGGCGCUGAGCGCCGCACCGGCCCCGGCCCCCGGCCGCGAGGUGCGCGCCCCCGACGGCACGCUGCUGUACCGGCUGCCGCGGGGCUGGGGCGGGCCGGGGCCCGGCGCGCAAUAAACGGCUGGAGGGGACCCGCCUCCGCCCGCGCUGCUUCCGCCGCGCCGGCCAUGGGCUCCGAGGCGGCGCUGCUGCUGGAGGCGGCGGACUUCGCGGCCAGGAAGCACAAGGAGCAGCGGCGGAAGGACCCCGAGGGCACCCCCUUCAUCAACCACCCCAUCGGCGUCGCCAGGAUCUUGGCCCACGAGGCCGGCGUGACGGACAUCGUGGUGCUGCAGGCCGCCCUCCUGCACGACACGGUGGAGGACACGGACACCACCUUCUCGGAGAUCGAGGAGCGGUUCGGGGAGGAGGUGAGACGCGUCGUGGAGGAGGUGACGGAUGACAAGACGCUGCCCAAGAUGGAGCGGAAGCGCCUGCAGGUCGAACACGCGCCCGGCAGCAGCCCCCGCGCCAAGCUGGUCAAGCUGGCCGACAAGCUGUACAACCUGCGGGACCUGAACCGCUGCACCCCGGAAGGGUGGUCGUCGGAGCGCGUGCAGGAGUACUUCCGGUGGGCGGCGCAGGUGGUGGCCGGUCUGCGCGGGACGAGCCCGCCGCUGGAGGAGGCGCUGCAGCGGCUCUUCGAGGAGCGGGGCCUGGCCCUGUGACCGCCGGAACCGCCACGGCCG